CCAUGUUUGUAUCCAAUGACAACAUUCCAAAUUUCAAAGGGUUGAUCUGUUUGUGCUGGAAGAGAACGUGUGUCUCAAAUAAGAGGUGAAUAAUGGGAGAUUCACCAAUUAACGUUCCUCGCUUGGAACUUGAUUCUGUUAUUGGUUUUAAUGGGGCAGUUGCAAGUGGACUGAAAGUUCAUCCAGGACGAGAACAUCUAAUUUACCCUUUGGGAUGCACCGUGGUGAUUGAAAAUAUUUCCACACAGAAGCAAGAUUUCCUAUGGGGACACACAGACAAUGUAUCAUGUGUCACCGUGUCUCCCAGUGGGAAAUACCUGGCCUCAGGACAGGUCACACAUAUGGGAUUCAAGGCUGAUGUGAUUAUCUGGGACUUUGAGAGCAGACAGUUGUAUGCCCGGCUUACACUCCAUAAAGUUAAGGUGGAAGACAUUUCAUUCUCUCCAAAUGAACUGUACCUUGUUUCCCUAGGAGGACAAGAUGACAGCUGUGUGGUGGUAUGGGAUAUUGCCAAAAAGGAGGCCAUUUGUGGACACCAAGCACAAGUAGAGAGCGCUGGAAUCACAUACUGUGUAGCUUUCUCCAACAAAUCUGAUGAUAUUUUUGUUACUGGAGGAGAUGGUACCCUGCGUGUCUGGGAACUGGACAGAGGCAACAGAAAAAUCCGACCAACAGAUGUCACAAUGGGUCAGCUCAAGCGAGUGGUCAAAUGUAUACAGAUGGCCGACAACUUCCAGGAACCCUUCUUUUUCUGUGGAACAACAACUGGAGACAUUAUUGGGGUUAAUAUGAAUACUAAAUUUUUCCAAUUCCUGGGGCCAGAAAAAGAGAAGUUCAAGAGUGGGGUGACAACACUGUCCCUCAUCAAGUCUGGUCAGUUGUUGGUUGGGUCUGGAGAUGGAGAAGUGGCCCUAGUUCAAUUCUUUAACAAAGUAGAGAAAGACAGCAAAAAUAAGAAAGGAAAAAUCUGUUUUGAAAAGAAAAGGUCAUGGAGGGACCACAAAACCAAGAAGCAGUUUGCUGUUACCUCCAUAGGUCUCCGAGGAGAUGGACAUCAAUUCUAUGUCGGAACUGCCAAUUCUCAAAUCUACCGCUUCAAUUUUGCUGAAUUCAAUUGUGAUAAAGGCAAAGAUAAUGCCAACCAAGGGGCUGAGCUCAUAAAAACCUGCCAUUCACAUGAAAUAACAGAUGUUGUCUUCCCUUAUGGGACAGGGGAGCUAAUUGUUACCUCUCAGUAUGAAGAAAUCAGAAUUUGGCAGCUGAAGCUGAAGAAAGAGAUACGCAGACAAGUUGUGAAGAACAUGACCUGCAAUGCUGUUGACAUUACUAGGGAUGGAAAAACCAUCAUUUCAGCUUGGGAUGAUGGAAAAAUCAGAGGGUAUGGAUUUUCAUCUAAAGACAAAAGCACUUCCCUUGUUGAGAAAUUUUUGAUUGAGGAGGCUCACAGUAAAGGGGUGACAGCCCUGGCUUGUACAUCUGAUGGCCUUGGAAUUGUUAGUGGAGGCGGAGAGGGCCAGGUCAGAAUCUGGAAAAUCUCCAAAAGUUGGGAUCCAAAAGGAAAAGACAUUGUCUCACUGGUAGAAACCAUGAUGGAGCAUAAGGGACGUGUGUCUGACAUCAAAAUUACGAGGAAUGAUAAGGAAUGUGCAUCUGCCAGCACUGAUGGGACAUGCAUUAUUUGGGAUUUAGAGCGUAGAAAGAGGAGCCAGAUUGUGUUUUCCAACACCCUAUUCCAGGCCGUUUGUUAUGGGGCUAAGGAAUGUCAGAUUAUCACUGGAGGUACAGACAGGAAAAUAGGAUACUGGGAAUGCUGUGAUGGCAAGGGAAUUCGAGAGCUUGAGGGAUCCAAGAGUGGCUCUAUCAAUGCCAUGGAUGUUUCACCAGAUCAGAACUAUUUCGUCACUGGAGGUGAUGACAAACUUCUAAAGGUUUGGACUUAUGAGGAUGGAGAGGUGAUAUUUGUUGGAAUCGGUCACAGUGCCCCCAUUAAGAAGGCCAAGAUCUGUCCUAACCAGAGGUACAUCGUCAGUGUUAGUGCUGAUGGUGCUAUCCUUGUAUGGAAAUUCCCUCAGGAACCCCACAUCAAAUGAUCACCCCACCAUGACAAUUUUAGACUGACAUUUACUAUCAUCUGAGGUGGAAUAGCGAGACUGAAGCGUAACAUGAUUAUUAGGUGAUGACUGAGUUUUACAAAUUUGACAAAAUAUCUUUAAUAUGCCUUAGUGAAAUAAACCAAAGGCAGAAAAUACAUUAUUGUGUACAAAAAUUCAAAUGUGCUAAGUAUUUAUUUGAAUAUUGUUCUCAUUUUGUUUUUUAAAUAUAUGUUUAUGUAGCAGUAUGUACCACAUACAUGUAUGAGACCGACUUAACAUUUCAUAACUUGUACAAUUUUCACUGUGGAGAAAAAAAACACUUUUUGCUUACAAUUGUAUUUCUGGAUGACAAUGGCUUGAUUUUUAAGAUGUAUUAAUUUCUUUGUAAGCAAAUUAUAUAACUUGUUCUUUUCAUAUGAAAUAAAAAGCUUACACUCUA